AUGGAAAAACUAUAUCUGAUUUCUAAUAAUGGAAAAAAAAGACCUAUUUAUAAUAUAUCAAAAAAUGGUUCAAAUAUAAAUGUAUUAAAACAUGAUAAAAUAAGAAAAACUGAAAUCAAUCAUUUCAUAGAAAAUGGGAUGGCAUGUUGUGAAGAUUUUCAAGUAAAUAAUACUAAAGCCAUUCCAGAAAAAAAUUGCCAAACAAAUCGCAAUUUUAUUGAUAUUUCCCAUUCAUAUAUCAAAAAAACUUACAAAAUAUUUAAUGAAAAAAAAGACCAAUGUAUCUUAAAUCAAUACUAUGUAAAAUUUGAGGAAAAUAACUCGGAAUCACAAAAGUUGUUUUUUCCAGAUUGCAAAGCUUCCACUAAAGUUUCAGAUUUAAUGGAUUGUUAUUCGAAGCAUUUACCAUUAAAUGAAACUCAAUUAAUUAAGCAUGUUUCAUGCAGUUCAAAAAAUCAAUUUAAUGCAUUUCAAUUAUAUAAGGAGGUAUCCCAACUUUUUAACCAGAAUUCAUUAUUACCUAUUUACAAUGAAUUCGUACUUUUAAUGUCUAAUUUGUUGGAGAAACAAACAAAUUAUUGUUUAAUUGAUUAUAUAAGAAAAGAAUCAAAUAUUGUUCGAUUUUUUCCACGAUACUUGAUUUAUACCCCCCAGUUUGCAAGUCAAACAUUAAAUUUCCCAUUUCCUCUGGACACAAAAUUGUCAACAUCAUUUGAUGAUUCAAAAUAUUUAUCACCAUCAAUACAUAAUUUAGCACCGUCAUGUAAUAAAUGCUUAUUACCCGGAUUUCACCCAAUUACUGCAUGGUUACUUCCUCCUAGUUACUUUGAAAAGGGAGGUCAGCUUAAAAAAAGUUCGAGGUUUUUAAAUGGAAUGCCCCGUAAUUUAUUCAACACUUGUUUUUCAAUUAAAAAUAUUUUAACUGUGGAGUCCACAUAUCUUUUAGUUUCAAAUUUAAAUAAAGAAGAAUUUGAAUAUUGUAAAAAAGAAAACUUUUUUUUAAUGGAAGAAAAAUGUAAAGAGUCAAUAUAUUACUUUGAUGACUACAAACCGAAGAUUGGAACGGAAAUUGACGAACAAUUAACAUUGAAUAAUAUAAAAUUCUAUGGUCAUGAUGCUUUUACAAAAAACAUUGAUCAUGCAAUCCAAAAUUCUAUUUUUUGUGGAUUUGUAAGUAUGGAAUCUGCUAAUGAGUAUCGAAAUAUUAAUAUUAAUAAUGAAAUGAAAAAUGAAUACUUUGAGAAUAAUAAAAACUCUAGAGAUCUGAAAAUAAAUUCAAGUCCAUUUAUAAAUACCACAAAAAUUAUUAAAAAUGGAAAAACUUUCCCUAAUAUAUUAAGUGACUGUGAUAUAUUUUUGAAAAAUAAUUACAAUUUAUUCAAUUACUGGAGCAAAAACAUGCAAUUAAGUCCAUUAGAAGAGAAAAUACCACUAUUAAUUCCGAGGAUUAAAUGCUUAAUAAAAGAAAAAAGAACCCCCGAUUCUAAUCUUACAAUUAUUAAACCGUGUUAUUUGUUGCUUUGGAAUUAUAACAUUAGAAAUUGCAAUAACACUACAAAAGAUAUCAAUUGGAUAAAUAUUCAAUGUAGAUUUGCGAGAUUAAAAUAUUUUGGAGAAGCUUACGAAACUUCAGUUCCUAUAAACCUCAACCCUCAUAAAGAGAUUAUUCUUGACCAAUUAAGUCGUAUUCGAAACGUCGAUGAAGCAAGGGUUUUUGCAUGGAUGCUCGCUGGUUGCAUGCAAUAUACCAUUAACGAAUUAUUGGUUGAUUCGCAUACUAAAUCACUGUUUUUUAACAAUAAAUAUCCUAAAAUAACUGAAAUAAAUUAUUUUGGUAAUUGCAUCAAAAAUGGUCCAUUUACUGGUUUCCCAGACUCUCCACUAGACUGCCAUGGAAAAAUUAAAUGGAAUUUAUUAAAAGAAUUGGUUGAAAGUUAG